GUCUUAACCGAAUUAAAAAGCUAUGAAAGAUCUUUGUUUCAGUUGGAAUAUUAAAAAAAGCCUCAAUCAUGCCUGAGUUAGUUGAGCAGAUGUACUGCUCCCAGCAGAUAGUCAUACCCCCGAAAUUCCCUUACAUCUUGAAGAGGUAUUGCAAAGCUGCCAUCAAGACUCAGCCCUACGACCUCUUACGCUGGUCAUUCGAAUACUUCAAGGCGCUCGCGCAGCGUCGUCCGCCGCCGGUGAAGUUGCGGCUCGAAUACCCCGUGUUCAGCACUGAGGGAGGACUGACUAGGGGGUGCCUUAAAGUCUUGGCUAACCAGCUAGCAGGCAUGGCAGAGAUCCCCUUGCCAGUCCUCAAGCAAGCUUGGGAGGGCUUCUGCCUCGACCCUCAAGAGUUGAGGAGAAUUCUCUGCCUCUGUGAGGUCUACUUAAGAAAGGACACCGUGCCAUUCUUGCACUUUCUUGCAGUUGCUGGAGGACUACUGACCAAGUGCCUCACACACACCAUGAUUCUCCUCUGCGAAUCUCUGACGAAGGAACCUGAUGGUGGUUCCGCCGCCAUUCCCGUGAGCGAGUUCCUUGUCAUGUACAAGUUCAUAGCUAAGAUGGACGCUGCGAAAGACGUGCGGUACUUCAAUGGGUUUAGAGAGGGAGAAGCUCCAGACCCAGAAUCCGUGCCUGAAGAAGAAGAAAUACAAGAGCAAGAGGAACUGCACGGAGAUACAUCCUCCGACGACUACUGGACGGACUCUGGCGAUCUUCAGAAGCUCUCCCUCAUAAACGACCACGUGGCCAGGACCACGCGACUCAGUGUCAAGCUCAUGAUGCCUGCCAUGGGAAGGAUUGAGAGGUCCCCCUCUAUGGAGAGACUAGGGCAGAUUGAAAGGGACAACUAUCUGAUGGAGAGAAAAGGAAGAGCACGUCCCAGUGAAGAAGUUGAUAGAAAAUUACGAGAAAUCAGCGCCACACUGAUGAGCUCUACAGAAGCGGUGCCAAAGCAAGACCAGUCUAAAAAAAUCGAAGAGAAAGUCGUUGAGAAGAAGAAAGAAGGAAUCGAGAUUAUUGUUCUAGAUGAAGACGAAAAUGAAAUACCGUUCGAGUUUUAUGGUGAACCAAAAGAAGUGGUAAUAGAUGAAGAGCUGGGAGAAGAAGAACUUCCACCAGCAGACGAUCAGGUCGAGGAGCAGCAGAAAGAGGAACAAGUGGAAGUGGCUGUGAACAUAACUGAAUAUGUCGCAGAAGCAUAUGCUGCAAGAAUGGAUCGUCUUGAAGACCUGGAACAAACAAUAGAUGAAAUAGCAGCCAUUGUCAAUAGAUUCAAAUCUGCUAAUUAUGACCUUGGAAUGGUGGCCGGUCGGCAGAUGUCCACCACCAGCGGAGAGUUCAUCGUCCAGCACAUCGAGAAGGAGAUCAUGGCGUACAUUGACGAGCAGAUCGCUAUCCUGCCGGACCCUGACUUGAAGAAGAAGAAGGCCAAGCCAGAAGAAGUGGAAAUGAUCAAGCAGAUGUUGGAGACGUUCCUCGACGAGAACAUGGACAUCAUCGUGCCAGAGGUCGAGGAAGUGGAAGAGGAGGAACAACCUAUCCCAGAGAUAACAAUAGUGUAUGCUGUGCCUGGAAUUGGUCCUCCUGUGGAUCUGGACAUCAUCUCGGAGUUCCAAGACUAUGCCCUGGACGUGUGCAAGGUGCAAGCCGACUUGUUCAUGCCGAGGAACAUCAGGCACUUCUUAUGCCCACCGCUGGAGAAAUACGAUGAACACAAAUACGAAUUGACUCCGCCUCACACUCCAAAGAAGGAACAAAAAGUGCCCACUGGAGGAACUAUCACUGAUUAAUCAAUUUGAUCAUCACUACUAGAUGGCAGCACUUCCAAACUCAUCUGUCAAAAUGACGAUGUUUUAUACUACCCUCAAUUUGUUCAGUCACGCUUUGUUCGUCUUUAAUGCACUGUUAAUUAAUUACUUAAUUUAUUGAAAAUAAAAUAUUAUUGUUGUUGUAA